AUGAGAAGAGGGAGCAGAAAACGGUUAGAGUUAACCGUGGAAGACGUGGAGAGGAUUCACGUUGACGUGAUGGUGAUCAAGGGAGUUCAGCGAGUGAAGCAUCUGAUCAAGAGGGAGACAGAUAAGGCAGUGAACUAUGUCAUCAUCGUAAAAGGGAUUCGACCAGAGAAGAGAGUCAAACAGACCAAGGUUAAAGCGAAGACACCAAUCAAUAAAGAGGCUGCUUACGUAGGAGAAAAGGGAGCAGAAGAAGGUUAUAGAGAGAUAACCGAAGAGACGUGGAUAAGAUUCACGCACAGCCGGAGGCGGAAACCGGUUUUACAGAGAUAA